GAAAAAGAAGAGAAACACCCUAACCCCCAACCCACCGCCCCCCUUCUUCCCUCCUGGCUCCUUCAUUUGGGGGUCUCUUUGUAUCAACAAAAUUUAUACAUACACAUAUACUUGCACUUAAAAUUAACAAAAAAACAACAAGAUAAGGAGCAUUACAUUGAGAAUCGAUACGAUCGUUACUCAAUUCCAGCGAAAAAUUGAUUCUUUUGGAUUGCGCCUACUUGUUUCCUUUUACUAGUUUAUUGCGAAUACAUUCGGCUGGCACACGUGGGCUUCUGUUUAUGGUGGUGAUCACCCAGUUUCUGGAUUAGGGUUUCCAAUUUCGAGGGUGUUUAUUAGUGGGUUUUUGAGUGUUUUGUGGGGUUAAAGUUUGGUUCUUUGAUCGGGUGGUGAUUAUGCUUGAUUUCAGGAUAGAAGUUGGAUUUGGGUUUGGGGGAAUUUGACAAAUUUGGGGGGAGGUUUAGGGUUAGGGUUUUGGGUUAUUCGUGGGCCAGGAUGGUUCAGGAGCCUGAGCUUGAAGAAGGAGAGACUUGUUAUUACAGCGAUGAUGCAAACAUUGAUCCUGAUGUUGCUCUCUCUUACAUUGGAGAGAAGGUUCAGAGCAUAUUGGGACAUCUGCAGAAAGAUUUUGAAGGCGGUGUAUCUGCAGAAAAUUUGGGGUCAAAAUUUGGUGGAUAUGGCUCGUUUUUACCCACUUAUCAACGCUCUCCUUCAAUUUGGUCGCAGCAAAAAUCUCCACCAAGAGUUCAAAAUUCUCACUUGCCUAGAUCUCCUAAUGCCUGUGCAGAGGGACCCACCCCUAAAUCAGUCACACCUUCAACUCGGAGGGAUGAUGUAUCUUCCCCCAGUGUGCGCUCAAGCAGACAAAAGGCAACAUUGCCUUCUAGUAAAGUUUCAGAAACAUUCCCUGGAAAAGUUGAACUUCCUUCUAGUAAGUUAGCCAAUCCGCUAGAUCAAAGAACACUGAAAGUUCGCAUCAAGGUGGGACCUGAAAGGGUGGCUCGAUAUAAUGCUCAAAUACAUAGUCUAGGGCUCACGUCUCCAUCUUCCUCGGAGGGUAAUAGUCAAGAUGAGAGUGAUGAGUUGCUGUUCGAAACGCGUGAAAGACUUGCUGAAUCUCCAGCCUAUAUACUCGAGGCGAUGACUUCGUUACCAAUGUCUGAUGGGUUACUUCUUUCACCUCUGUGUGAAGAUUUGCUAAACUUAACGACAGAAAGAGAGUAUAAGUUAGAAAGUGAGUAUAAAGCUACUCCCAAGAAUUCUGCAAUAUCGCUUAAGAUCUUGAAUAACGAUGCUCCAGGGGGGAAGAAGGCAAAGGCUUUUGACAACAAAUUGAAAGAUAAUGGAGAGGAUCUUGAUGGUUGUGAAAAGAAAACUUUGCAUGGUGAUAACAUGGAGUGCAGCAAGCAGCCAUUCUACGACGUCAGAUGCAAAUCUUUGCCUGAUGGAGUUAAAAAUUCAGAUAACAAUAUCCUAAUUAAUAAGAGGAGGGUAAGUAAGAAUAAGGAAAAAGGACGAGGUGUUUCUGGUGAUUCACUCAAGGAUGUGUCCUUUGAACACACUUCUAGCCAGAGGGAUGGCAAGUAUGAGCAACUAGAACCGCGAUGCACUUCUUUAGAGAAAAUCGAGGAACAUAGGGCUACGAUUCCUCAUAAGGAUGUUUCAGUUGAUCAUGGCAAGAGCAGAGGUAAAGGAAGUUAUCAGUCAUUCGAAACUUAUUCUGAAGGAGAAAGGGUUGAAAAUGCCAUGGACGACUCGACUUUGAGAACUGGUCUAUAUGAGUCUGAUCCUCAUCCAGUGGGGAGCUUAUCAGUUGAAGGUGGAAAAAAGUCAAAAGUAAGUCAAAGUAGUGGAAAUAAAGCUUUGAAAUCGGAUAGUUUCAGGGAUGGCGAUCGUCUCAUACCCCAAAAGAAAUCCAUUGGAAGGAGGAAGGAUGCUCAACUCGGCCUAAAAGAUGAGGUUCAGACAAGUGUAGAUCGUAUGGAGAACCCAAAACGUUUAUCAGGUAGGGCCUCUGUUGAUUAUGUGAAAGCGAAACCUGCACUUGCUGAUAAAUCAAAGGAGAGGUUAAGUAAUAAGAAACAUAUAGACGUUGCGCCGUCUGACAGUCGUAUGGUAGAGCCUUCAUCAGCAGCAGUACCUUCUAAGGAAGGAACCUUAGGUGGGUUUGAGCAGACAGUGGUAAAUCCCGUGGUUAUAAAGGAAGAGUGGGUUUUAUGUGACCGCUGUGAGACGUGGCGUCUCCUACCAUAUGGCAUGGAUCCGGAGCAACUUCCUGAGAAGUGGUUAUGCAGCAUGCAAGACUGGCUUCCAGAACAUAAUCGCUGUGGCAUUACUGAAGAUGAAACUACAGCAGCUCUUCGCGCGCUGUAUAAAAUUCCUGUCCCUCAAAAUCAACCUAAUUUCCAAGCUCACACAAAUGGAUCUGUAGUCAGUGCAGCUACAACUAUUGCGCACAAUUUGCAUCAGGACCAUCAGAACUUUGCGUUUGAUCCAGUGAAGAAGAAGAAACUGCAAAAAGGACAGACUGCAGUCGGCACGAGUUAUCAACUCCAUUCUAAAAAUCAAAUGCAAAUGCCACUGUUGGAUUUGGAACGCGGUGGCAUGAAGGAUGUGAAGCCGCCUCUUGCAAGAGGAAAUUUCACAGACCAAAAGGAUAUGCAGCACCCAAGUAAAUUAGCAUCUGGUUUAACCAAACUAAAGAAACGAAAAGGAGAGCAUCUGCCAGAAGCUGAUUCAAAUUUGAGGAAGAAAAUCAAGCAGGAGUCGGGUGAGUAUUUAGAGGGGAAGGAGCAAAUAAAAAGGAUUAAGUCUAAAGAUGUGCCUACGUUCGACAAUGAUCUUCUUGAUAAUGAACACAAUGCGACACUAGGUUUGCUGACUAAUGCAACUGUGAAGAGUGGGAAGAAAAAGAAUAUUAAAAAAGAAGUGAUAUCUGCUGGACCGGGCAAUAUCCAAAUUAACGUGAGGCAUGAAAAAGCUAUGCAUGAUUUACAUCAUAAUGGUCCGUUGGGUGUGGAGACGUGUAACACUGGACAGGUAACAGCUAAAAAGAUAAAAUUGAAGGAUAAUGUGCACUGCCAAGAAAGAAAAGUUUUGGUCAAUGAUAACAGUAAGGAUGGUGAUGUUCAUAGAGAAAAGAAAGCGAGUGUAUGUCAUAAUGAAGAUGAUGGGUUCAGAGGAAGUCAGGGUGGUGAUAUGUUGAAAAGAAGUGUGGAAUUGGGGGAUAAAGAAUAUCUGACAGAUAUGAGCAUCAAGAAUAAUGGACAGCAGGUGAAGAAGCCUAUAGCAAAGAUGCGUCUCACUAUUGAAGAUAUAGAUGAACUGAGAAAGGAUUUAGGGUGUGAACAGCUGUCGAUGGCUGCCACUUCAAGCUCCUCCAAGAUUUCCGAUUCCCGCAAAAACAGGCUUAGCUACGCUGAGGUGAAAGGCUCGCCAGAGGAGUCAGUUUCUUCGUCUCCCAUGAGGAUGCUCUAUCCAAACCAUGUGUCACCAAUGAUGACCGAAACUUCAGGGAAAGUCGAUUUUAGGUUCAGGUGUGCUGGUGCAGUAAGCAGUGUGAAGAAACAGGAGAUGGACAGGAGUUCCGAAUUUGCCACAGUUAGGAGGAGAAAAUCUGGUCUAACCAAUGACCAUGGCUCGAAAAUUUCAGAUUCAAAGACCAAACUGAACAAAGAGACACCCAUUGAUGACAACCAUCCUGCACCCAAACAUGAAGCAUUGAGUAACAUGAGGCAUCCUCUCUCCAAUGAUCUCAGCCUCAAGUCUGUUAAAAACAGUACUGUUGUUGGUAAGAACAAUGUCAGAAAAUCGAAGGCCAGCAGAAGUGAGAAGCAAUCUAUACAGAGAGAAGGUGACAAGAAUGAUUUAGUAUUGGAUAAUCCCUGCAGCAGUGGUGCCGUGCAGCAGAGCCAUAAACAUGAUCCUCCAAGAAGAAUAGAGCAAAGUUCCUGCGAGAAAGAACCGUGGAGCGGAAAGGUUCGCAUUGAUUUGCGUCAGGGAGAUAAACAAGGCACAGUUCGUCCUAGCAAACAUGCAUCAGGACCCGUGGGUCCCUUGAAAGGAAGUCCUUUGGACUCAAGACCCCAUGAUAAUUCUGUAACUAGUGAUUCAUCAAAGUCUCGAAAAGGCACUACUAACGAAAACACCGUUAAUAAAGAAGCAGAGCAACAAUCUUUGCAUCUUGAUGCAAGCCUUCGGAACAAGAAUGUCUCUGGUGCUAUUGCAUCUACUGCUUUGAAAGAAGCUGGAGACAUCCUAAAAGAAGCAGAAGGACUUAGAAGUCAUGCUGAUCUAAUUAAGAACUCUGGUUUUACUUCUGAAAGUAAUUAUGAAUACUUUAAAGCUGCCCUAAAGUUUCUUCAUGGAGCUUCGCUUCUAGAAGCCUGCGAUGCAGAGCCUAUUAAACAGAUGGAGAUGAGUCCAAUGCAAACGUAUGGUGUUGCUGCCCAACUUUGCAAAAUAUGUGCAAGUGAAUAUGAAAAAGGCCAUGAAUUGGCCUUCGCUGCUUUGGCGUAUAAAUGCAUGGAGGUGGCUUACCUGAAGGUAGUGUAUUGCAAAAGCUCAUCAGCUAGCAGAUUUUGCCAAGAUUUGCAAUCGAGUCUGCAAAUGAUUCCACAAGGUGAAUCUCCGUCAUCUUCUGCUUCUGAUGUUGAUAACUUAAAUAAUUUAGCAAUGGCGGACAAGGCUGCAUUGUCUAAAGUCAGUGGCCCUCAUGCUGCAAAUCAUGUCAUAGUGCCUCACAACCGCCCCAACUUUGUCCGGCUGCUUGAUUUUACGAAAGAUGUCAACUCUGCAAUGGAAGCUGCCAAGAAAUCACAGGACGUGUUUGCAGCCGCCCAUGUCAAACUCAAAAAGUCUCAGAACAGAGAUGCGAUUGCUUCGAUCAAGAGAGUUGUCGACUUCAGUUUUCAAGAUGUACAGGAGCUCGUGCGUUUGGUAAGGCUCACGUUUAACUCCAACCACCAAGGUCUUCGUGGCGAUUGAGACUAGUCAAGAUACACACUAUGUUCGCCCGUUUAUUCCCGGCCGUCAAAGGCGGCUACUGAAUCAGGUGAACAAAAACAAAACACAUAACAGCUAAUUGUAUUUCUGUAAAUGUGUACAAAAUGGGAUCACUUUCUCCAUUCUUGUAAAAGCAUUUUUGAGUUGCUUCUUCUUGUUCACGAGAUUAGGGCAAAACAUGAACGAAACCCUUGUCCGGGAACGGGUUUCGAUCGACGAGAUUCAGAGCUCGACUGAGAGUGCAUUUUUGAUAUUGUAGGUUAUAUUAUAGAUGAUCAUUGAUAGGUUAGAUGAAAGAUAACAUUAGUCAAAUUUGAGAAGUCAAUAUCAGUCCUUUCCAUUGAGGGACUAUCAAUAUUUUCACCAUCAUACUCAUUGUUUAUGUAUAUUAUGGUACAACUUUUUCAAGGGCGUUGCUCCUUUUCAUCAAAA